UGACGAAGCCAUGAAAGUCUAAGGUCAUAUGAAAAAAGUGUCUGGGUUGGGAGUCUCCAUGUCUUCUGUGGGAGGAACAACGAGGCGCGAAGGAGAAGUCGGGGAGGAAGGCCAGCGGUGUGAGAAGACGUCUCGAGUCUCGCUGGAUCACCAGUUCUCCGACGCCGACGACUCGGAUGACGACGGCGAGGACGUGGACGAUGACGACGAAGACGAGGACGACUACGAUGGAGACUUUACGCCAAAAACCCGCUCUCGCUCCACCAGCCCUCAGCCGUUCAGCCUGCCCUCCAUGUCCAUCACCGCCAUGGCCUCCUCCCACCCUCACCUCUCUCCCCUCUCUCACCUCGCUCACCCCUCGGACCUCAUGGGGAGCGCCAACAAACCGCCGCUUUUCGGGUAUUUCACCACCGUGCCGAGCAUCCAGAUCACUCCUCAGGCUCCACCGAUCAUCCACAGCCAGGCGGAGUUUCAGAGGAAUCAACUCCUUUCUCCCCCCUCCAUGGAUGAAGACCUCCCCUCUCCAGACCCUUCCUCUCGCCUGUCCUCCCCCGGGUUAGAAAUCUCCGGAUGUCCAUCCCCGAUCUCGCCUUCUUCGUCCCCAUCGUCCCGUCGAUAUCUCUCCCCACGCCGCGAUCUUUCACCUUGUGCCGGACAUCUUUCACCCCGUCGAGACCUCUCCCCAAUGCGUCAUAUCUCCCCAAAGAGAGACCUUGCAGGGGGUUACAGACGAGACCUCUCCCCCAGGAGGGGUCACCUCUCGCUGCUCUCCCCUCUCUCACGGCCUACGUCUCCAGCAGGAAGAGACUACAAGCGAGACCUUUCACCCCGAGGACGUCACAGAGCGAUGAUCCGGGCGGCGUCCCCCCGUCGAGGGCUGCACCAACACCUCCACCACCCGAGGUAA